AUGGACAGCGAUGAAUUCCAGAAGAGAAUAGAUGAACAAGUUAGGAACAUAUGCGACGAAAGAAAUGAGAAGGCAGAAGGAACAAGCAGAAGAGAGCAAGAAGAGGAGAACGUAGGCGCUGGGAAUUUAGGAGAGAAGGGAAAAGGAGUGGAGGCCGGCGAAGAAGAAGAAGAGCAAGAGGAAGAUCAAGAAGGCAGUAAAUCAGAACAGAAGAAAAUCGGAACAAUAAAAUCCACUAGACAACCUAGAACGAAAACGCCGGCCACAAGACAGUCCAAACGGAAGAAUGGACAACCCCCCGAAGGAGAAUCACAACUGGUCGGACCAGUCAGGAUCAAGAAACCUAGGGGGAAGACGGAAGGAGUCGUCAAUGACUCUCAACCUAUGGGAUCGAACAACGCCACCCCAACAAUGACCACUCAGGCAACCCACCAACCAUCAAACCGACUCACCACAACUACAGAACCCCGACAACAUGAACUCGACAACCAAGACGCCGAGCAAGACACCGAAGGAGAAUCGGCGGAAGAGGAUGAGAACAAGGGUAGGAUCCUGGGAGGUAUAUAUCUGGAUGAUGACACAAAUGAUGCGAACGCCCAGUCGAAAGAAACCGCCCCAAUGUCAAUGGAAGACAGGAUGAGCCAAAGACUCGACAUCGAGAUAGAUGCAGCCUUUGCCGCUAACGACAGGAAACUAUACGACCAACUAGUUGGUGAAGACGAAGACAUGGCGGAUAUAGGGGUGCGAAACAAGAAGAUAGAGAGACGAGCUGAAAGGCAGACGGUGAUGAGGAACGAUGACCUAUUUCUCGACAAUCCUUAUGCUUAUGGUCAGUCAAAGAGGAAUAUUGAUCCAAUUGACGGAUCAAAUUGGGAAGGCAAACCAACGGCCUGGGACGACCCCAGCCGAGGCGAGUCGAAGGAGGAGAAGUCAGAUUCCGUCAAGAAUAGUCAGUCGAACUACAUUCCGAAUUACCGACCGAGCUUUAGAGGAGGCAGAAGUGCCGGACCUGAUGGAGGCUCAGGGAGCGGCCAUGGUGGAGUAGGACAGAGUCAAGGAAGUUGGGGUAGAGGGAAGCAAGGGGAAGAAGGAUCAAACCAUCAGAAUCAAGGGAGUCAGAAAGGAGGAGGAAGUGCAGGACAAGGGUACGCACAAAAGAAGUGA